UGUGGGGUAGGUCGCAGAUAUUUGUGACACCAAAUAAACCUCGUCCGCUACGAAAGUGCGCUUUUCUGAAGGUCAACCCUGACAAGUGGAUCGACGCGAGUCAUCUGAAAAUCGAUUCCGGCCGGGAAAAACCUCUCCGGCGACAAUCCAGAUUUAAUCCUGAAGCGGACUCGGGCGUGAACGACUCGUUGCGGCGUAACCAGCACGUUCGCUUUCUCGUACGAUGUAAUUAAUACACGCAGCAUCAAAUUUCGCGAUUAUCACGAGUCACGGAGGAUCGACGAUCACGGCUGCUACAUUGGAACUCUGUACAAAUUCUUUGAUUCCAUGGCGGAGAAAAUGUAUUACUGGGGCGAGGAGAAGGAUCAAGUCGAUCCGGACCAGACCUUCAUAGAGUUCAAGGCCAAAUCGGUGGCGGCGGAUAAGAGACGCGAACCGUCACGUACUGUGCCGAAGAUGACAGUGUCUUCGCCACAGGGUAAAAUGACUGAGAUUAGUAACAGGGAGGAAGACGCCGAACGCGGCGGAUGGGACAAUAAACUCGACUUCCUGUUUUCCUGCAUAAGUGUUUCCGUCGGGUUGGGGAAUGUUUGGCGAUUUCCCUACCUUUGCUAUAAAAACGGAGGCGGUGCUUUUCUGAUCACUUAUGGCAUCGCAAUGCUGUUUUGCGGGAUCCCUAUAUUUUUUCAAGAAGUCGCUAUUGGACAAUAUCUCGGGGCUGGUGGAAUGUCGCUAGUCGGACAAUUGUGUCCUCUUUUGCAAGGUGUGGGAUACGCUACUAUGACCAUUGUAUUUUUCCUCGACGUAUAUUAUUGCAUAAUCAUAGCUUGGACACUUUUCUACCUCAUAAGCACGUUCGUGAAUUUGCCCAAUGUACCUUGGAGUGGAUGUGAAAAUUGGUGGAACACGGAUGAUUGUUUCGAUGCAGCCAAAGGAAGCCAAGGCAUGCACGGAAAAAUGAAUUGUACGAACUCCGUAGAAAAUAACAAUACCUGCCAUCAUACUACGCCAGUAGAAGAAUAUUGGGAUCAGCGAGUGCUCGGCAUCACAUCCGGCAUCGAGACUAUCGGCAAGAUCCAGUGGGAGCUGCUAGGCUGCCUGAUUGUCGGCUGGCUGCUCGUUUACUUUAUCAUCCGGCGCGGUCUACAUCAGAGCGGUAAGAUCAUCUGGUUUUCAGCCUUGUUCCCGUACGUGGUGCUUUUCAUUCUUUUGGGAAGAGCGGUGACGUUGGAGGGUUCCUACGAGGGUUUGCUUUACUACGUGACACCGCGAUGGGAGGAAUUGCGCAAUCCCGGACCGUGGAUAGACGGCGCCACCCAGAUCUUCUUCGCGUACAGCAUCGGCACCGGCGCGCUGCCCGCCUUGGGCUCGUACAACAAAUUUCAUCAUAAUUGUUAUAGAGACGCAAUAAUCACUUGCGUAGUCAACACCCUGACGUGUCUUCUGGCCGGUUGCGUAACCUUUUCGAUACUGGGUCACAUCGCCCAGGAACAGCAAACGCAGGUGUCCGAGGUCGUCAAGAGCGGGCCUGGUCUCGUGUUUCUCACGUAUCCCGAGGUCGUUCUCAAGCUACCCGGUGCUUCGUUGUGGGCCAUUAUAUUCUUCGUUAUGCUGCUCAUACUCGGCAUUGACAGUGAAUUUUGCAUCGUGGAAUCUUUCAUAACGGGUAUGGUUGACUACUGGCCGGACGUGCUGCGUCCUCACAGGAUCAAAUUCACCAUAGCUAUCUGCCUGAUAAUGUUUCUUCUGGGAAUUCCGAUGGUCACGAACGGUGGAAUUUACAUCUUCCAACUAAUGGACUUCUAUUCCGCGAGUGGAAUGUCCAUUCUGUGGGUAUGCUUUUUCCAGACAAUCGCAAUAUCAUGGAUUUUCGGAGCGCAGAAAUUCUGCGAUUGCGUGCAUCAGAUGAUGGGAAUUCGAUUAAAUAAGUUCUGGUACAUAUGUUGGGUUCUACUUGCACCGGUGAUCAUGCUCUUUAUCUUCGUGUUUCAAAUCGUGCAAUAUAAACCACUGAAAUACGGCAGUAGCUAUGAAUAUCCAACGUGGGCAGAAAUAGUAGGCGUGUGCUUGAGUCUCUCCUCAAUGAUAUGGAUACCAGGUUAUGCACUGUAUUACGUAAUAAUCACGCCAGGAUCGAUAAAAGAGAAUAUUCUGAAGGGUUUGCAGCCGAACAUAAAAUCGCACACAAAGUUACCGAAAGGCGAGAAGUCAGCCGUGAUACCCAUGUCAGAGAGCAGCGCAGGUUUAAUCACCAAAAAUAAUAGUUUUUUGAGUCAAACAUGAUUAGCACUAGCGAUCGCUUUUAACUCGUAUUAGGUUAUAUUUAUCUUAAAAGUAAUAUUUAAAUAGUAAGAUAAAUAAAGUGAGUCCAGCGCAACUGGACACUUAGUAGUAAUUUGUGUCAAAAUGGACGCGUGUCAAAUCGAUCAGUUUUAUAUAAUAUGCUCAGUUAGGCAGCAAUCAUAUUAUUAUUUAUUUAACAAUAAGUCAUAUAGUAUUAUAUUCAUUUGAUGACGUAUUUCCGGUAGGAAUGUCAGAGAUUCUUAAUUCCUUAAUGGCUGGUUGCGUUAUUAUAAAAUUUCAAUAAUCUUCAAUUUUUUGUUAUUUAAAAACAAAAUUUUUUUGUUUUUACGUAAAU